UUCUCCCCACCAAACAGCACAUAGAGGAAAGCAACUUUCCUCCUCCAUAAGAAAUAAGAAAAUUUUGAGGAACAAAUUUCAUUUCCGCUCUUUCCCGAAAAUGUGCGAGCCAGAGGAAGACAACGCGUGUCCUUUCCCGCCAAAACAACAACAACAGCCCCAACAACACCAAGGGAUUAUGGAUUUGGAUGAUCUCUAUCUGGAGAGUUCCUGGCCGUUGGAUCAGCUGACUUUCCUUUCUAAUAGUAACCCCACCUCUCCUUUCAUCGUAUCUUCUUCUGAGCAGCCUUGUUCUCCUCUCUGGGCUUUCUCUGAUGAAGAAAAGCAUGUGUCUCACGCCGGUUACAAUCUUUUUGUCACGUGUACUUCUAAUCCAGUAAAUGAAAAUCCAAAGGAGGACAAUGAUAAUAGAGGGCUGUCUUCUCCAUUUUUAGGAUUGCUGCCUCUUGAGAAUCCGGAUAGUUAUUGUGUAAUUAAAGAGAGGAUGACUCAGGCACUACGCUUCUUCAAAGAAUCAACUGAGCAACAUGUUCUAGCACAGGUUUGGGCACCUGUAAAGAGUGGAGGUCGCUAUGUGCUAACAACUUCCGGGCAACCCUUUGUCCUUGAUCCGCAUAGCAAUGGUCUACAUCAGUAUAGGAUGAUUUCUUUGAUGUACAUGUUUUCUGUGGAUGGAGAGAGUGAUGGACAGCCAGGGCUUCCUGGCCGUGUUUUCCGACAAAAAUUGCCAGAAUGGACUCCAAAUGUACAGUAUUAUUCCAGCAGAGAGUAUUCACGGCUUGAUCAUGCUCUGCAUUACAAUGUUCAGGGAACCUUGGCAUUGCCAGUCUUUGAAACUUCUAGACAGUCCUGUGUUGGUGUACUUGAACUCAUAAUGACUUCACAGAAGAUUAACUAUGCACCUGAGGUUGAUAAAGUAUGCAAAGCACUUGAGGCAGUGAAUCUGAAAAGUUCAGAAAUAUUGGAUUAUCCAAGCACCCAGAUUUGCAAUAAAAGUCGUCAAAAUGCGCUGGCCGAAAUUCUGGAGAUUUUGACAGUGGUCUGUGAAACUCACAAACUGCCUUUGGCUCAGACCUGGGUCCCUUGCAGGCAUCAAAGAGUUUUGGCCUUUGGUGGUGGUCUACAGAAACGCUGUACAAGCUUUGAUGGUAGCUGCAUGGGACAGGUCUGCAUGUCAACAACUGAUGUGGCAUUCUAUGUUGUAGAUGCUCACAUGUGGGGUUUCCGAUAGGCUUGUCUUGAGCAUCACCUACAAAAGGGUCAGGGUGUUGCUGGGAGGGCAUUUUUAUCCCGCAACUCAUGCUUUUGUGCAGACAUUACCCAAUUCUGCAAAACCGAGUACCCCCUAGUACACUAUGCACGCAUGUUUGGAUUAACCAGCUGUUUUGCAAUCUGCUUACAGAGUACUUAUACUGGAGAUGAUGAUUAUGUUCUUGAAUUUUUUUUGCCCCCUACUAUUGCUGAUAGCAAUGAACAACAGACUUUAUUGGGCUCUAUACUGGCAACAAUAAAGCAGCAUUUCCAAUCUCUUAAGGUUGCUUCUGGAGCUAAACUUGAAGAGGAUGAAGGAUCUAUUGAAAUCAUUGAAGAUUCUUCAGAUAAAAGGCUUGAUUCAAGACUUGAAUCUAUUCCAAUUCCUCCAUCUGUGAAGUCACUACCUGGGACUAACACCUCGCCAGACAGAGGAUAACUGCAAUUAGAUUCAUCAGAACAGCAAUUAUCUAUGAAUUUUGACCCUGCAACUGAUGGAUGCAUCGAUGUUGCUAGUGGAAGCCAAAAUCCUAUUUGUCUUCCUCUGAAAAAGGACGUAAAAAAAUCAAAGAGAAAACGUGGGAAAACUGAGAAAUCAAUUAGUCUGGAGGUGCUCCAACAGUAUUUUGCUGGGAGUCUUAAAGACGCUGCAAAAAGCCUUGGUGUGUGUCCUACAACAAUGAAGCGCAUCUGCAGGCAGCAUGGGAUCUCCCGUUGGCCAUCUCGUAAGAUCAACAAAGUCAACCGUUCCCUCACUAAGCGAAAGCAGGUUAUCGAAUCUGUACAAGGUGCUGGUGGAGCAUGUGGUUUAACUUCACUUGCCACAAGUCCACUCCCAGUUGCUGUUGGUUCCAUUUCAUGGCCAACCAGAUUGAAUGAGUCCGGUCAACAAAACUCACCAAACUCCAAACCAUCUGAGCCUCAAGUUGAAACAAUUGAUUCACCCACAUGUAGGACGCCAGGAAGUACUGGACAAGCUUUGAUGGAAGAACAGUUGCUGGGAGGGAGGACAUUGAGCCAAGAAGAACUUUUCCUUCAUCAGAAUGGGCUUUCAUCAAACUUGGAUAAAGGGGCAAACAGAUCCAAAACAGACGAGAGUGCUUGGACACCUACUUCUCAUGCUUCAUGCCAAGGUAGCCCUGCAAUUGAAAGUGCUGCUACUAAGGAUCCACUUGUUACACAUGAGCAAUGCCUUAAAGCACACGGCUCUCUUAAAUUGGCCUUCCAACCUUUAGGGGAACUGAAUACAUCAGCCACAUUCUCAAUGCCUAAGGCCCUUGUGACAACAGAACCUCAAGAGCCAUUUGGAGGUAUGCUAGUGGGGGAUGCCGGAAGUUUAAAAGACUUGAGAAACCUAUGUCCUUCAGCAGCAGAAGUCGGUGUUUAUGAGAGAUUUCCAGAAUCUAGUUGGACGCCACCUCCAUGUUCUGAUCUAGCCCUCAAGCAAGCCAUGGCUACUUUUGCUCAGACAAUCCCCCUUGUAACAGCUAGGCAGGAAAUAAAGAGUGUGACCAUUAAGGCUACCUACAGAGAAGAUAUAAUUAGAUUUCGGAUCUCCUUAAGUUCUGGCAUAGUGAAACUGAAAGAGGAAGUGGCCAAGAAGCUGAAGCUGGAGGUGGGUACUUUUGAUAUCAAGUAUUUGGAUGACGAUAAUGAAUUGGUUUUGAUAGCUUGUGAUGCCGAUCUUCAGGAGUGUCUAGAUGUUUCAAGAUCAUCAGGCUGCAAUAUCAUCAGAUUGUCUGUUAAUGAGGCGAUGGCCAAUCUAGGGAGUUCCUGUGAGAGCACUGGAGAGUUAUGAUUAGGUUGUAGAUAUAUUAGAUUGUAAUUCUUGUAGUCCUAGAAUUCUAGGAGAGUGAAAGUGUAAAUUUUGGUUCCAACUUUUAAGCUAUAAAAUCCCCCUACUUGUCUUUGCUAAGAAAAAGAAAAAAAGAACGUUUAGUUGGAAUUUUCACGACUGAGCUAAACUCUAUUUGGGUCCUUGUAAAUCAGUUGUUUAUCCAUUAACGUCUUGAAGGUCAAGGAUUACCAGAACUUGAUUAGAAAUUUCGUUCAAGAUUUUUCUAACCCUACUUGAUUGACCCCUUGUGAAAGAACAGCUAAAGAUGAAGAUACUAUGUUUUCCCUUGUAAGAACGAAAAGUGAAAACGUUUGAGAUCUGUAACCUUGAAUUUUGGAAGCCUCUGAUGGGUCAAAAGACUCACUUGGUAAAUAAAUGCUGUUUCGAUUAAGUUUGGUAUUGUUGAAUUAGAUGUAGCUAAUCGGUUGAUUUACCCUAGGAAUUCACUGUUUGAUGAACACCUUGUCCAAGAACUUUCUGCCAACUUUCAAUCCUGAAAUUUCAAAUAUUUUCAAUCCCAAACCAACAAUUAUACUCGAGG